GGCGGCGGCGGCGAUUGCCGGCCAUGGCCAGCCACUUCACCUACAUCCACGAGCUCCGCGAGCUCAUCGCCUCCUCCACCACCGCCUCCGCCGGCUCCACCCCGGGCUCCGCGCACCUCGAGGUCAAGCUCCGCGAGGUCCUCCCCAACCUCCUCCGCGACUACAUCAUCCCUUCCCCCAAAGGUUCGUGCGCCGCCCCCCUCCCUCACUCAACAUUCAUUUGAGCUGACCCGUUGCUCAAGCUGGUCGCCUACACGGCGCUCAAGUUCCCCGGGGUCUUCUACAACGGCCGCGCCGCCGACGUCAUCAGCGUCAUCGGCCGCAUCUGCCCGAUUUCAGGUCGAGCCAUGAGCUUAUAUUCAGUGCAGUUUGGAAUCUGCUCUCCAUUCUUCGCACAGGUGACCGAGAAGCCUACAGACAGUUCUUCCUGGAUGCUAUGGUCACAGUAGAAGAUCUACUAUAUGUGGCAUCAAUGCAUGAUGAGAGUCCUAGUGGUGUGCCACCUGGAAGGUGUUUAGUUAAAUGCCUCUGUGGAUCCUUCUCAAAUAUAUUAGACUCACCUGGGCCUUAUAGUGAGCUCCCAGCCAGUUGCCAACCUAAGAAUGGACCUGGCGUGCUGGUUGAUCUGACAGGCGAUGAAAGAUGGCGUCCAUUUGCCACUUCACUUAUUAAACUAGUUAACAAGUGUCUUGCAGAUGGGACCUUGUAUGUUGAUGGGCUUGUUAACAUGCCAUUUGUUUCUGCUGCUUGUUCUAUCCUCUGCUAUGGGGAUGGUUCUCUGCACAAGGUUUGUUUUGAUUUUGCACGCAUUGUUGCCACAGUGAUGACUGCUGAGAUUCUUCCUCUAGAAAAUAUUAUCCGUUCAAUCACAUGCAUUUUGGGCCAAGAUGUUGCUGAACUUUCUGAUAUCAGCCUUGCGCCAACUUAAGUGAAGAAUGUGCUGCCAACCUACAAUGAUGCAAACAUAUAUUGUGCUAUUGAACCUAGCUAGCUUAGUAGUAGCUGAUAGGUUGAAUGCAUGUUUAAGUAAUGAGAUAAGAUUACCUAAUAUAAUUCAGUUAAGCUAAUAACAGAAUCUGCUUGUUCUUGAGCAAAUGAGGUGUUCCACAAUGAUGCAAUAUUAUUAUAUGAAAA